GAUGACCAGAGACUGCGGACACAGUACAGGGAUGACCAGAGACUGCGGACAGUACAGGAGAUGACCAGAGACUGCGGACAGUACAGGGAUGACCAGAGACUGCGGACACAGUACAGGGAUGACCAGAGACUGCGGACAGCAGGGAUGACCAGAGACUGCGGACAGUACAGGGAUGACCAGAGACUGCGGACAGUACAGGAUGACCAGAGACUGCAGGACAGUACAGGCGAUGACCAGAGACGCUGCGGACAGUACAGUGAUGACCAGAGACUGCGGACACAGUACAGGGAUGACCAGAGACUGCGGACA